GUGCCGGGCGACAUCGUCAAGGUGGGCAGCAACGGCUGGCUGGUGCCCUGCGACCUGCUCCUCCUACGAGGCGCGGCCGUGUGCGACGAGUCGACGCUCACUGGUGAGAGCAUGCCCGUGCAGCGCCUGGCGCCGACGGAGCCACUGCAGACGGUCGGGAGGGGCCAGCGCUUCCCAGCGAAGCACGCCCUCGUGGCCGGAACGGAGGUGCUCCAG